ACCCUUACAAAACCAAGCCAUGAACGAACCUCUUCUCCGAUCCAAGACGCCGCCGCCAGCGGCAGAGACGGAAGCCAGCUCGGAGCUCGAACACCCCCUUUGCUCCGCUACCAAAAAGCCCUCUUAAUCGAGAUGAGGUACCUUUUUCGCCUGGCCGGCCCGGGUGUCAUAGUCUAUUUACUAAACUUCGUUACUUCGAUGUCCACGCAAGUAUUCUGCGGCCACAUCGGAAAUAUCGAGCACGCCGCCGCCUCUCUCGGCAACGAGGGCGUCCAGCUCCUCGCCUACGGCCUCAUGGUAAUUUUAAUUGACCCAACUAACACUAUUUUUUUCUCGAGAAAUAUAAUUUCUCAUAUAUAUGUGUGCGUUACACUAAUAGUAAUUUAUUUAUUUUACGUGGCAUGAGACCGUCUAUGUAUGCUGGCCAGACACAGAUUAACAAUCUGAAAUCUUAUCAUCUUGUUUCCAAAAAAAUUUCUUCGAUAUCUUUAAUCAGAAACAAAUACCCCAUAUGUUAUAUUAUUAAAGUUAAUGUUUAUUCGAUCAAUUAUGUAUUAAUUUUCAUUUUUAUAAGAUAAGUUAAGAUUUAGAAUAUCUUAUUCCAUCAUAUACUCUGAAAUCUAAUUACAGAAAAUUGAAAAUGUGAAUUAAUAAUUUUAAAAAGAGCAAAUAAAAACUACUGGGAUCCUGAAAAUAUAAAACAUACUUUAUCAAUAGUAAUUUUUUAUGCAUAAUAAUUUACACACAAGCAAACACAGAACAUUGAUGUCAAAGGGCCACAUUAUUUAUUUAAAUGAACUUUUUCAGUUUAUUAUAUACUCCCUACAUCCAACAUUAAGUUCUAUUUGAGUUUGAUACGGAUUUUAAAAAUGAAAGUGGGUGAAAUAAGAUAUUGGAAAAUCAGACCCAUUUUUAUAUACUCCAUUAGUUUUAUAUGUGAAUGGGAUGUAUAAUCUAUCAUUCAUAAUAAAAGUGAACUGAAACUCUUAAUCACGGAUUGACUAAAAUGGUAAACCGAAACGCCUAAAGGCAGACAGAGGGAGUAUAUUAAAAUACUCCUAUAUUUGUAAUAAAUCAUCAAAAAUUAAAUUUAAAGAAAAAAACAAAAAAUAUAAUUUUCAAGCAUGGCGUUUGACCUAGACUACAUAAUACUGCCUCAGACACAUCAAAAUUUAAUAGCUUUAAAUAUUGCAACACAAAAAUCCUUGGCAGCCACUAGCUCCAUAGCCACAUCAUCUAUAUAUACCCCUUCACCCAUUUUGUGACACACUCCGUACCUCACAAUUCACAAAUAUGGGUUCCUUACAAAACCAAUCCAUGAACGAACCUCUUCUCCACUCCAAGACGCCGGGAGCGGCGGAGACGGAAUCCAGCUCGGAGCUCGAACGAAUUCUAUCCGACCCCACCAUGCCCCCUUCUCGCCGCUAUCAAAAAGCCCUCCUAAUCGAGAUGAUGUACCUUUUCCGGCUGGCCGGCCCCGCCGUCAUAGUCUAUUUGCUAAACAACAUUACUUCAAUGUCCACUCAAAUAUUUUGCGGCCACCUCGGAAAUAUCGAGCUCGCCGCCGUCUCCCUCGGCAACGAGGGCAUCCAGCUCCUCUCCUACGGCCUCAUGCUGGGAAUGGGGAGCGCGGUGGAGACCCUGUGCGGGCAGGCGUACGGGGCCCACCAGUACGGGAUGCUGGGGAUAUAUAUGCAGAGAUCGACGGUUCUACUGAUGCUGACGGGGAUUCCGCUGACGGUAGUUUACGUCUUCUCGCCGAUCCUGCUCUUCCUGGGGCAGGCGCCGGAGCUGGCGGCGGCGGCGGCGCUGUUCGUGUACGGGCUGAUCCCGCAGAUCUUCGCGUACGCGGCCAACUUCGCGAUACAGAAGUUCCUGCAGGCGCAGAGCAUCGUGAACCCGAGCGCGUACAUAUCGGCGGCGGCGCUGGUGGCGCACGUCGUGCUGACGUGGGCGGCGCUUUUCGUGUUCGGGUGGGGCCUGCUGGGGGCGUCGCUGGUGCUGAGCUUCUCGUGGUGGGUGAUCGCAGGGGCGCAGUUCGUGUACAUCGUGAGGUCUGAGAGGUGCCGGAUGACGUGGACCGGGUUCAGCCCGGCCGCGUUCACCGGCCUGUGGGAUUUUUUUAAGCUGUCGGCCGCGUCGGCCGUCAUGCUUUGCCUCGAGACGUGGUAUUUUCAGGUGCUGGUGCUCAUCGCCGGCCUGCUUCCCGACCCAGAAAUCGCAUUGGCCUCUCUGGCUAUUUGUGGGACGCUUCUUGGAUGGGUUUUCAUGGUGUCAGUAGGGUUCAACGCCGCAGUAAGUGUGAGGGUUAGCAAUGAACUCGGCGCCGGGCACCCAAGAUCCGCGGCUUUUAGCGUGGUGGUGGCAACUGGAACAUCACUACUGGUGGCGGUAGUAUUUGCCAUUGUCACUUUUUUCCUCCGCCACAAAAUCAGCUAUGCAUUCACCUCGGGCGAAGUUGUGUCCAACGCUGUCGCAGACCUUACGCCAAUCCUCGCUGGCGCCAUCGUGCUCAAUGGAAUCCAGCAUGUUUUAUCUGGGGUAGCCGUUGGAUGUGGAUGGCAAGCAUUUGUUGCAUAUGUAAACGUGGGUUGUUACUAUUUUGUCGGUAUCCCUGUCGGUGCAGUUCUUGGCUUCACUUUCAACCUUGGUGCCAAGGGAAUAUGGUUAGGAAUGCUAGGAGGCACGGUCAUGCAGACAUUGAUUUUGAUUUGGGUGACUGCUCGUACGGAUUGGGUUAAGGAGGUGGAGAAAGCUAGCGAUCGAAUAGAUAAAUGGAAUAAUACGAUGGAGAGAUUUUCAGUUGAAUGAUUAGAUAUAUGUGAUAUAUAUUUUAUGGAAUAUUGAAAUUGGCACGUCAAUUUGUCCUGAGGAAUUAAUUUUUUAUGUUAUGUACCACAUGUUUAUAUUUGUAGACAUUAAAUUCUAUUUAGUGUGAGGUUUGAACUAUAAAUUAAUAUUCAUUUCUUUCGUUCCACAAGAAUAUACAUUUUUCUAUUUUAAA